CUGGUGAGUGGUGUCGCUGUUGCGUUAUUGCACGGUAAACUCUAUGGUGGUUAUUAGGGCAUUGGGAGUAUCUCUACGCCAUCUUAGAAUAUUAAAAAAGUGUUCAAGAUUAUUUAUUUCUAGCUAGGAUGUGAUUGCCCUAGACAAGAAGAAAAAUUAAUUUCUAGAUCUUGAAUCUAUGAAAAGCUGAAUGGGAAAUGCCACUUCCAAAAAGGCUAGUUGAACCCGUGCAUGUUGCACGAAACACCAUCCCUGAUGACUUCCCCCUACCCUCUGAGCUAGAGGCAGCUACAAAUGGAACUCUCGCCAAUGCAGUUAGACAGCUUUCAAGUCUCAGCAAACAUGCUGAGGACCUGUUCGGAGAGCUGGCCCGAGACGCUCAUGUCCUCGCGUCGAGAGCCAACUCUCUCCAGGCACGCAUCGACCGUCUCGCAGUCAAGGUCACACAGCUCGACAGCAACGUGGAAGAAGUUUCGUUGCAAGACAUCCACAUGAGGAAAGCAUUCAAGAGCUCAGUGGUAUUUGACCAGCAAGUUGUAUCAAGAGACACAAUGCCAACAGCAAUGUUAGAGACUUACAAGCAGUGUGACAAACCACCUCCUCUGGACAAACUCAACCCAUUCAGAGAAGAUGGAAAAGACGGGCUUAAAUUUUACACAGAUCCGGAUUACUUCUUCGACUUAUGGCGUCAAGAAAUGCUGAAAGAUACUGAACGAAUGAUGCACGAUAAAGGAAAACGACCACAUCGACCGAGGACUGAGGGUGGAGGAGGAAGGCACAAGAAAAGAGUACGACAGCCCCACAACACUCGGGAACGGCAGAGACAGUUGGCUGUGGGACACGGAGAGUACAUCAUGCCCCAGACUUCACACUACAGAACACCUCAGACUCAGAACUAUCACCAGUUGCUGCCAGACGACGGCAUGAUGGGCCUGGUGAUGAUGGACGGUCGGCCGCCCAGACCCAACAGUAUUGAGCUUCGGCGCAGCUACCCCUCGGAGCAGGUAGAUGCUGUGUACAGCCCCCACCCCCACCCGGACAUGCACAACCCACCUGAUAUGAUCUACAGUAGGGACAAUUAUGUGAUGAAUGAAGAUAACGUGUACGGCCAGCACACCACCAAUAUACCAUCACACUACGCUCCAGGAUCCAUGAUGGAGUAUACCAGUCCUACAGGAACCCCCAGUAGAGGAUCUAGAGCUUCGUCGCAGAGGCCCUCUCAGCCUCCCCCCGCACCUCCCAGCAACACCAAUUCCCAGACCAGUACACCCACGGUUUCGUCAACUACAAACACCCCCACCAGGGGAAGGAGCAUGAGCACUGGCAGAGAGACAUUGCCCCCGCCCCCUCCCCCGCCCGUGGAGACCCCCACCACCAGUCCUCAGACUGUGCAGAUGUCAUCGUCUCCACGGACGUCUCUGACUCCCGAGCCUCUGCCUCCACCUCCACCCAUCCCAGACCUCCCACCCCCACCCUGCAACAUACCACCCCCACCCCCUCCACCCCCGCCCAUGCCGGUGGCUAAUGGACCAACCACACAGUCGACAUCACCGCCACCACUCAUCAUAAACGGAGAUGUUGGAAAAUCACCUGUGAAACAGAUAUUAUCGACUUCACCUCCUAAAAUGUCGCCUCCAAAGCAACUAGGGGAUAUUAUAAACUCUGCUUCAAUAAACGCCAUUCGUCCCAAGCAAGUACCGCAGUGUGACCCACGUUGCGACUUGUUGAAGGCUAUUAGGGAUGGCAUCAAACUUAGAAAAGUGGAGAAGAACGAGCAAAAGGAAGGAGAACGGACGAAUGCGCUGCACGAUGUUGCGUCCAUCCUCGCCCGUCGUGUGGCGGUGGAGUUCUCCGACAGCGACUCGGCCUCGGGCAGCGAGUACGACAGCGAAGGCUGGGGGGAGCAGGAGACGAGUGCUUAGGCUACGUACAACAGCAAUAUUAUUAUUUGGGUGUUUGGCAGAUAUGAAACAACUCCUCAGUCUGUUUACGGCAGAGGUAAUGGACAUGAAUUAGGUAUUAAAGUAAGUAUAGAAUCGUUUUGGCAAAAUUUUUAGUUUGUAUUAUUUUUUGUAAAAUGUUUUGUAGAAAAAACCUAAACCAUUCAUUUAUAAAAGGCAGUGGUGGUUUUAAAAUAUUUAAUAUUUUAUCUUUCAGACAUUUGGAGUAAUAGCUUUUUGAAAUAGUUUAUGUAUAAAAUAAUAAUAUUUGUUGUUAUUCUACAAGUAAAAUAAUAUUUAAAAAAUCUUGUGGAUGCUGCAAAAUAUUAAAACAAAUGACUUGAUUAGAUAUAUUAUAAUGUUUAUUUGUGCUCAAGAUAAAUAUACUGCAUUAUCAACGAAUUCGUACAAAACAUACAAUGUAUGUGCAAAAAGAUUAAGGAUAUAAUGACUAUUACCUCUGCAAAAUAAAACAUAUCAAAAACAGCCCCCAUAAGAGUUUAAGUUCAAAGAAACAAGUUCAAUUUGGCACUAUUUAUUUAUUAUUAGGUGCUCGUUAACUGUGUCUGUGGUAUUGUUUUAAAUUGUUUUUGUUUUUAAAUAUUAUGAUUAUUGUUUGCAGUAGUGAAUUUCAGAUCCCAAUGUGUUUUAUGUUGGAGUGUGUUAUUUUUGCAUUAUGGGAAUCAUUUUUCUUUUCUUUAAUAUUUUAGUGUUGAAAAUACAAUUUAACUUUACUGGUAUGUCAAAAAUUCUCAAAAUAGGUAAUUAGUUUUUAUUAUUGAUUAUUUUACAGGGAGCACAAUAACAUUUUUUCUAACUUUGCUUGAACCCUUGAAAGAUUGCAGGGCCCCGACCCCAGUAGCUCAAAGAAUAUAAUGCAUUCCACUUUGCAAAAGUUAACUUGAUACCAUUUCCUAUUGAUAUUGUAUAUUGUAGCUACUCAUUAUGUAUAUAAUGUAUGUAUUUAUGUAAUAGUCAUGGCAGAUCUAAUAGGCUUAUGUAUUCUAACGCCUUAUCAAAAUGUAUAAUCUCAAAAAUUUUACUUCUCAGAAAUUAUUAGCAGUAUUGCUGUACAAUACUUACAUUAUUAUUCUUAGAUAAAAAUGUUCUCAGUUGUUUUUUAUACAUUGCACGUAGGUGCCCAAAUUAAUACAAAGUUAAUAUUUAGUCAUGCAGAUAUUUUAACAAGUACGUCUUUAACCUCUAGAGCUUUAUGUUUAGUUAUAGUCAUAUUCAUAUUUUACUGUUAGAGAUGCAAAUAUUUUUCUGUAUUUUGAACCGGAACGGUUCCCAAUUUACAAUUAGUGAGUUAACCGAUCUUGUCGAUAUUUUAUUGCCUAUGGUCAAUUUGUAUUGUCGUAGAAUAGUUACAAAGAAUAUAAGUAGAGAUAAAUAUUUAUUUUUUACGCAAAGGACAACAUAGAUUGACAAAAACAUUUCCAUAUACACGAACUCAUCAACACGUUACAUACAGACACAUACACACAACACAGACUAUAUAAUUUAAGUUACCAGUCAAUUGAUCGUGUUGUUCUUUGCGGAUGAACGUUUUUAUAGAUACUGUAAGAUAAUUAUAGGAAUGAACGUGUUAAUUCUUGUAUCUGUCCCCUUCCUUAAUAUUUCCAUCGUUAGUUCCAUAAUUUUAUCAAAUGAGAUUCGCCUAAAUUAAUAAUAUGUGUACCUGUAUAUAUUUAUAAAAGUGUCUAGUGAAAUAAAUUCAAAAUGUUGAUAGUAGCUCUUAUAAGACGUGUGAAUAAUUGAAUUGAACUUAAUAUGAUACUGUUUUGGAUUCAAUCAUAUUUUUUUUUUUUUUUUACUUAGAAAACGAAUUAUUGUAAUUGAUCGACUCUAAGGUAAAUUUAUAAGAUGAAUCAAGAAUAAGACCAAUUGUUUAAAAUGAAAUUUGUUAUAUAAACAUUUAACAUACGAGUUUUGAUAGAUAGGGAAAAAGGGUGGGCCUCUAUCAGAUCGGAAGGUUUAUUCCUCUUUUAAACAUACAGACUACACACAAAUAAGGUAUUUUUUUUACCCAGUGUGCACUUUGAAAAUCAAAUUGGUUACUUAUUUUAGCAAAUAACUUUUUACUAUGGUUUUGGAUAUAUCCCGAUAAGAUAAUUAAUAAUAAAUUAUUAUUUUGUUGUAAUAUAUUACUACCUACAUUGAAAAUAUAACAAAAACUGAAAACUCCUUUAUACUAUCUAAAAUAAAAGCAAAUACUCUAUUUACUUUGACAGUUCCAAGAAUCUAUGAUCAUUUUAGGAGGUUUGUUAGAAAAAUAUUUUAUGGACUUUUAAAAACGUUGAUUUACAUCACUAAAUUAUUUUUUUAUAAAAGUUGAAUAAUACUUUUUUCUGUUUGAAGACAAAAAAUAGUAAGGAGUUUGUCUAAUUAAGCCUAAAAAUUCGUAAGAGACAUAAUAAAUACUCCAGAUUUGGACUGAUGGCUGGUUGAAAACUUCUGAAUUUAAUUAUUCAAUACAUUUUUUUCAUCAUGUUGGUACACUGCUUCCUUGAAUUGGUCUUGGGUUAGAAGUACAGUAUCAGUAUGCAUCUUGUUUGGAUUGCCCUCAAGAACGGCUUAUAGUCUCACACAGUUGUGUGUAGAAGACCUUAAAAGUUUCCGGAAAUUCGUUUGUCUCGCUCCACAAACCCACAUGUGCAAACAGAUUUAUAUCCUUGUCCACUUGUUCAUUAUAUCUGUAAGCCAUUCUUUAAAUUUUCAACCCCAUCCUUUACUUUAUGGUAGAUCAUUGAAAGUUUCAUCACGUAGUUCUGGCUCAUUCUUUGGGAUUUCAUCAAUGCCACAUCCUUUUCCUAGCCAAAAACUAUCAGACUUCUGAACCGUACUUCAUGGAUUCUGGCAGCCUUGUUCCAGUGUUUGUUGCUCGGUUACAGCUGACGUGUUGGAGCUGCCCGCAGCACAGAUAGUGUGAGACGGUUGUAAAGUCACCUUACUUGCGAUAACUAACACAGUACUUCAAGGGCUAUUCCAAAAGUAACUAAUAUUUGGUUAUUUAAAAAGCACCUAAUCAGAUAUACAUAUUUUACCAUAUGCAUUUGAAAACUACAAAUUUCCCCUAUUUUUUGUUACACAAUUGCCAUUAAGAUUUAAGCACUUAUCAUAUCUUUUGACUAAUUUAGAAAUGCUUUUUUUUAAAAAAAAAAUUGGUGCCUUUAGCAAGCCAGUGACAGCGUCUUUGAGUUAAUCGUCAUCAUGUAAACGCUGAUUUCUAAAACCGAUUUGGAAAUUUGGGGAAAUUUAUCCUAAAGUUCAAGAGAUUUUGAUACGUCGAUCUUCUCUAACUGUUUCGUUUAUCUUGUCAACAAGUUCAUCACUCACCACUGAUGGGCCAGCCACUUUUUUCUUCGUUGUUGAUGUUUGUUCGUUCACUUUUAAACAAGCAAAUCCAGUUCCGUAAGAUUCCUUCAUCCAUAAUGUAUGGCCCAUAAAUGGCGCAAAGUUCUCUACGAAUAGCUGCCGCUGAAUAUUGUUUUGCUGUAAAAAAACUGCACGCCAAACACUUCGCAUGUGGCGGAAAACUCAAUUGCAACACAUUAAGCAAAGCUAUAGAAAAUCACUGAGCACUUGUACGAUCUUCUAACUGCCACGGCUAUCUCCACUAGUACCAGUGUUGUAAGUGAACUGUGGUUACUUUUGGAACAGCCCUCGUAUAUGUGUGGAUAUCAAAUUGUACAUAAGAUUUCUAUUGCAAUCACAUCUGUGGUCCAUUGGACAGCGUCUUUUGAAGACUGCAAAGGUUCUUCUCAAACAGUCUUAAUCUCCUCUUAGAAACUAAUGGAGAAACCCAUGGACUUGGUGAAAUUUUGUCUUGAAAAUUUGUGUUUUGUUAACUCAGAAGCACGUGAAGCAUUAAUAAAAGAAGCUCCGUGUGUAUUAGAGCCUGCAGAAUAAGCUUUAAAAAGACUGUCAGUGUUUGAAAAAAAAGAAAAAAAAAUGGAAUCGUUAAACUGUAUCACGUUUUCUUGAAGUUCUCUAAUUUAAUAUUCAUUUGAUUUGUUACUUGCCUCUUAUAUUAUAAUCUAAUUGUAAUAUUUAUUUAUUUUCUAAUAUUUAAGAACUGCACAAAUUUUGUUAUAUCUUUUUAAGUCAUAUUUUAGCUUUAUUAUUUUACUUGUUAUUGUAUUUCAAAUUCCCAUUUUUUCUACACUAUGAGUUGAAUAAAGUUAAUAAUAAAACAAAAAUCGUACGUACAUUACUGUUCUUAUCUAAAUAAAUUUUCUUCAUUACCCUUUUUUACUCAUUUUAAAUCGAUGAGUAUCAGUAUGUAAUGUAAGUUUUAUUAAAUCUGAAGAUACCGAAUAAGUAUGUAAUUAUUAUUCUUUAAGGAGAACAUAUUUAAUUCCAACCACAGCAUCUAAACCACUAAAGUAACAAAUCUGCCAGAUUAGUGGGGGUAUAUUGUUGCAGAGUUUGUUUGCCAAUUCCUAUUACACAUUUCUGCAAGAGGACUACUAUUUAUCUUUACAUUCCAGUUGUAAAGAAUGUUUGAAAACUUUCCUAGAAAUGUACUGUAGUUUUUAAGACAUUUAACUAGUAGGAAAUAGGGUAGUAAGAAAAAAAUAACAGAUAUAUAAAAUUUAAUUUAAACAUUUGUUAUAUUAUUUUACAUUUUAUACAACGCUUUAAAAUCAUUUGUAUGCCAUUUUUAUUGCAUGCACCACAUAUUUAAGUAAAACCUAGUGAAUGCUUAGUUGUUGCCGAGUUUAAAUUCAGCCUCUGAUAAAUUCCAUUUAUCUGAAAAAAAAAACAUUUUUUUACUGUCAUGUUUUUUUAUUUUUGCACUGCAAUAUUGCAGUAGUGUGGGCUUCCAGCCAUUGUUGACAAUGUGAAAAUUACCGUAAAACUUUGCAACACUGUAUUUGGUUAUGUUCAAACAUUUUUAUGCAUAGUCAUUAUCUCUGCUAUGGAAUUCCUCCUCUUAUGAUGGAAGAAUUUAUAUCGUUCCUUCAUAUUGUGUUCAUUUUAAUGAUCAUUAUUAUCUGUUUCUUCUGGGUGUUCACACUAGAAGUAUCAUUAAUGAUAAAAAUAUACUAGCUGCCAGACACAACAAAAGCGUGUGCUUUUCAGAAAGUCUUUGGACAAGAAGCUUAUAAAUUGCACCUAGGUCUACAAGAACCUUUGCGCUGAUUCCGGAGUGACAGGAUAUUCUGGAUAGGUAAGGUUUGGGGUAGAGGCUGCCUCCUAUUGAGGUCCAUGAGGAAAAGUUUAGGGCACUAAUCUCAAGUCACGUCCAUUCGAAAGAAGGGAAUGCCAGCUCUGAACCAGCCUCUCCAGUCAAAGCAGGCAGGGGGUGGUACACCCUUGUGUUGAGGUUAGGGAAUGAACCCCACCAACUCCAACAGUCCUCUCCCGCAGUAGACUAGACCUAUCCAAUUGCCCAUUAAACCCCAGAAUCUCGACAUUUGCAGUUAGUGAUGUGCCGCUCCUGGACAUCCAUAAGGUUGUUCAGAUUUAAGUGACACAUCGGUUUUUGCUGUGCCCAGUGGUAGGUUCAACUGGAAGGUAUAAAUCAUCCAGAAGUGAUCCCUGCUGAGUUGAUUGAGUGAUUAGUUAAUAUAUAACGUUUCACUCGAGACCUAGACCUGUUUUAACUUGAAACAUUUUCUCUAGACUGUUGUGUUGAAUUUGCAUUAAAAAAGUCGUAUUUAAUUAAUUUCCAUCAGAUGUAAUUGACUGCCAAAUUUUUAAAUUUCAAUAAUUAGAAAAGGAUAUGUUAUAUAUUGAUUGAUCUCCAAUAAACAUCGGUAACUUCAAGAGGAUGUUCUUUGUACCAAUAGGAACCGUAACUGACAUAUCCCUCAAAUAUUCCUUUCUGUCAGCUAACGAGAGAGUUUUUAACCGUUGAUACUUCUUUUGUGGACACUUUAUUCUCAAGUUGAUCUCAACUUCUAUCCAGUAACACACAGUUCAUAUUCCACUAAUUAGUUUCACUUUGUCAAUUUUACUCUUAAUCAUAGGUUGCCGUAUUUUUUUGGUUCAAAUUUUAGUAUUUUUUUCAAAUGUUAUGGGUGAUGAGUGAAAUGUUCACUGUGUGAAAAAUGAUUACUGUUCUUAUGUCAAGAUGAAUGUAUAUAAAAUAAAUGUACUACAAUCUUCUAUUAUAUCAAAAACUCAUUUGUAUGCGUUUUUUUCAGUUUGUAAUGAACGUUAAUUCAUAGAGUUGUAUUACAUUUUUUUAAAUCAUACUUAAGGGUUAUUUACAUCAAAAUAUUGAGAAGUUUUCAUGAUAAAUCAAUACUUUUUAUUAUUUUUAUUUGAUUCGGAUUAGUUUCAAUUAAUUUUGAUUGCCAAUUUCUUUUUCUUUUAUUUGUUGAAGAUAUCACCCUAAAUUAUUACUUGAUUUAUAUUAUAUAUAUAUAUAAUUUAUUUGAACGAUGUACAGUUGUUUUCUUAUUUUCACCGAUUGUAUAUAACAGAUGAAAAACGAGUUUCUAUAGGAAUGUGUUGGAUGAAGUCGUAUUUACACUAGAACAUGGUACAAGACCAGUCGGUACACUUGUAAAUAUAUGUAUUAUAUAUGUAGAAAGGAUUGGAUUUUUGUAUCUAGUGUAAUGCUUUCUUUAUAGAAAAUUAUGCUUACUUUUACCAAAGCUAAAGUAAUAUUCUUUUUAAUUACCAUUCGUGUACAGAGACAUUUUAACUAAACAGAUAAAAGAGUUUUAUAUAGCAUCAAGGUUUGUCAGAUUAGUGUGUACAAGUGAUGGUGAUUUUGAAUGUGUACACAUACCCCCUCAACCUGGUAUGUGUUAUAUUUAUUUCUGAUAAUUAUUAAGCUUUCAAAGCUCAGUUACUGUUGGGAUAUUAGUAACCAUCCAAUUACAAACUACUCAUGGUAUAUAUCUUAUAAAUUUAUAAAGAAAUAAAUGUUGAUUAAACAAUUAAAA